AUGUCCAUGUACCGCAUAGACACCAUCAAGUCCAGAGCCCGGCACACGGCAUGGAAUGCCAAGAAGGGCUCCGUGCAAUGGAAUCCCUGGGCCCGAAAGAUCUCCCACACCGGCGACUCGCUCUACGAUGAGGAGAACCCCCGCGCUUCGCACGACACCGCGCAUUCGGGAGCCCAUUCCGAGGCGUGCGUUGCUGGCGAAGUCGAGCUGAACAGGAUGCCCGACGCCCACGACGGCCCUGUCCACGCCUCAACCAUGCCGCCUCCGUCGCGCGGUUCCGCCGAGCCGUUUGGCAUCGCUGCCAAUGGAGCCGGCGAACCAAGCGACGGCCUUACCCGGAGGAAGACGAACAAGACUGACAGCGACGAAGAGGAGAAGCCUGAAGGCCUGGACCGCCGGACGAGCACGAAGCGCACAAGAAAGCAGCCUGUCAUCACUCCCUGGACCAUGUUCAAGCACGUCGUUUUCGGUUCCUGGGUCAACAUUCUACUCUUGGCCGUGCCCGCCGGUUUUGCCGUCAACUAUGCCCACCUGAAUGGCAUCGUCGUUUUCGUCGUCAACUUCAUUGCCAUCGUGCCGCUCGCCGGUAUGCUCAGUUAUGCGACUGAAGAGCUUGCCAUGCACAUUGGAGAGACCUUGGGCGGUCUGCUGAACGCGUCUUUUGGUAACGCGGUCGAGCUGAUCGUCGGUAUUCAAGCGCUCGUGAAGAAGGAGCUCGUCAUCGUCAAGACGUCCCUCAUCGGCAGUAUGCUCUCCAACUUGCUCCUCGUCAUGGGCAUGUGCUUCUUCCUCGGAGGCGUCAGCCGCGUUGAGCAGCACUUCAACGUCACGGUAGCUCAGACCAGUGCCAGCUUGCUCGCUUUGGCUGUCGCAAGUCUGAUCAUCCCCACCGUCUUCCGCAUGUGGGUCGAGCCCUCGGAUGAGGUCGGAGACCUCGUCGAUACGGAUGCUCUUUCCCGCGGCACUUCCGUCAUCCUCCUCUUCGUCUAUGGCUGCUAUCUCCUUUUCCAGCUCAAGACCCACGUCGUCAUGUACAACGAGCCAAGCAAGAAGGGCGAGAUGAGGACCAAGGAAAUCAAGCCCGGCGCUGCCAACAAGGGAAUUGCGGGCAUCGGAGCUGCUGCCGCGGGUGCUGUUGGAGGCAAGAUCCAUGGGGACCAGCUUCUGAACAACCAGGACGAUGAAGAUGACGACGAUGAGGAGGAGGUUCCUGUCCUGACCGUCAUGGGAGCUUUGGUUGCGCUUGGUCUUUCCACCGUUCUGGUUGCUUUCUGCUCCGAAUUCAUGGUCGACAACAUCUCCUCGGUCGCGGGUAAUGGCAAGGGUCUCUCGGAGACUUUCCUGGGUCUGAUCCUCCUUCCAAUUGUCGGAAACGCUGCCGAGCACGCGACUGCCGUCACCGUUGCCAUGAAGGAUAAGAUGGAUCUCGCCAUUGGCGUGGCUGUUGGUUCCAGCACGCAGAUUGCCCUGCUUGUUCUCCCUCUGACUGUUCUCAUUGGUUGGAUUAUCGGCAUUGAUGAGAUGAACCUUUCCUUCGACGGAUUCCAGGUCGCGGUCCUUUUCGUGUCCGUCUUGCUGGUCAACUACCUGAUUGGAGACGGCAAGUCCAACUGGUUGGAAGGCAUGCUUCUGAUGACCACGUACACGAUCAUUGCGGUCGCCGCCUUCGUUUACCCCGACUGA